CAAAGGAACUGGAAACUAACAAUGUAUCACAGGAAGCCAAUCGUCACUCGGAAGCACAGGGGAAUUUGGAGAUUGACUCUCAAUGUAGACGGGGGACCGGAAAGUGUGUUUUGAAGCGAGCGCGGAAGUAUGGCCCGGGUGCUACAGGGUGCUACUGCGCUACUGCUACAGGCGCCAACGAAAUCUUUGGUACUAGUCACAUGCCUCGGUAUUCGGAGGCAUUUUUCAAUUCUCUUCCUGACAAUUAAAUUGAAUACAUUUUCUCCACAAAACCGAACUUUCAGCUAUAUAUGUAUAUCAGGCAGAACCCAUAAAACCCUGAGCCCUCCUGAGCCUGUAAUAUCUCACGAGUUACCAGGCACAAGCUGACCCUACUUCACCGCGGCCUAAUGUUUCCGAUCCUGUGCGAUAUCGCGCGUCCUUGUGGCCCUUGGUUUUCGAGAUAUUCCGCUCCCUGGUCGCU